AAAAAAGAGUUCAACCAUUGGAAGAGCAAAUACAAACAAGACAAGGAUGAGGUACUCCAAUGCUUUCGUGGGGCAUUACAGAGAGGAUCUUGGCGGGCAGAGCAGGUGAAGACUUGCAAAGACAUUGACAGAGCAUGGGAAAUUCUUGAUAUUGAAUUCGUGGACAGAAGGAAGCUGGUGGAUACGCUCCUAGCUGAGGUCAAUAAUUAUGGUGUUGUAAGAACCGACCCCAAGAGUCUGGCCCAUUAUGCAACCUCGAUAUCGGUGUUUGUGAGCGACAUGGAGGACAAUGCAUGCCCAGUUCAAGAAGCAUCUGAAGCUCCCUUCUUUAUGUCAAGGCUCCAGUCCAACCUAGAUCCGAGAGAUAAUGCGGAAUUCAGCAGAGAAAUGUAAUGUCAAAAGAAAAAAGAAAAGGUUACAAAUUUAGUUACUUGGCUCCACCAAGAAGAAUCUCUCAGAUCCAGAGGUAAGAGGAAGAUGGAAAGUGACAGGAGACGAGACCCGCCUGUUCAGAGGAAAUCGGAUCAGCAUCCCAGUGACAUCAGUUUGGCUGAUGAUGAAACAUGCCCCCUCGGCUGUAAUUCGAAACAUCUUGCUUCCUGUCCAGUCUAUCAAAAAUCGUCUCUUAAACAAAGAUAGGAUAUCGUGAAGCAGAAUAGAUGCCUAAGAGGGUCACAUCACAUGAUGACGGCAAAAAGGCUCAUAGUACAUCCUGUGAUAAAUGCAAUAAGAAUCAUCACCGUUCUCUGCACAGCUAAGGGAAAAGCAAACCGUUGGAAUCAAACUUGAGGCCCGUUGCACCUGUCUUCAUAACUCAAGUUACCCCACCUGUGGCUGAGAACCACAGCAUCCAAGAAAGCAAUAAUGUGAAGAUCGGUGAUGUCCAAAACGUUCUAGGAAUCUGCUCAGCGCAGAAAAUCAAAAUUAGAGACAGUGAUGGAAACUUCAAUGAGAUACCUGCUAUGUUAGACACUGGCUCAAACACAAGUCUUCUUUUGAAAAGGGUCGAAAAACAGCUGGGGUUGUCCAGUCCUAAGACACACCUGACAAUGAACUUAGCUGGAGGACAGAAGGCAGAAGUUUCAGAAAUGCUAGAGAUUGAGAUCGCAUCACCCACCAAUGAAGAUAUUGUGAAGAAUCUUCAAGUACACAUGGUUUGUAAGCCCCAUAGCAAUACCAAGAAUAUACCACGCAAAUCUAUCGACAGUUACACCCAUCUCAAGUCAGUAGCAGAUAAACUACAUUUUUCUGGCGGUGCCGUUGACUUCCUUGUUGAGACUGACCUUGUUGAUGCCUUUAUUGACAUCCAUUCACUUAGUGGGGAUCCUAGAGAACCUGUUGCAAAGCGAAAUUGUUUCGGAUGGUAUGUUCUGAGGCAAGUCGAUUCAGGUUCAAACAACAUGUCUGUAAUCAGAUCAGUAUACGUCAAUACAUUAAGUGCCGUAGUAGACAUCAAGAAACUA